AUGGAGAAAUAUUCUUACGGUUCUGCGGCAGGGAAAAUGAUACCGUCAGAACAGAGCAUCAGCAACGUACCAAGAAAGAACGCGUAUAAGCAGCACGACAGCACGAAUCUAUCUGACCCAAAGGACCACGCAGAUUACAGUUUGUACCAACACCCUGGGAAUAUUAACCUUGUGGAUCAGAGUGGGUAUUCCCUAGAGGAGACUCCCUACUACAACCAUGGAGAACUAAAUACCACCCCCUCGAUGAACCUGUACCACGGUGGAGACAUGUACGUAAUAAGUGACAACAAUAGUAAAGGCAUAAUGGCGAAGCCAAAUAAUACCUUCAAUAUACCAGGACCUAUACCAUCGAAAAGGGCACCAGAUUAUGACUAUAUAAAUUCUGGCCUAAAUCUCAACCAAGGGGAUUACUAUAAUCCAUAUCCAGUCAUUAACAACUUGGUCCCCAGCAGCGAAAAUGUGAAAUAUGAUCUUAAGAGCGAAAUGGAUGGGGAGUAUGUAAUUCCGGGCAUGAACACAAAGAUCAAUAAUUCCUACUUGGUGAACGUAAACAAUAGUAGCAAUGUAAGUGGGAAAAUUGGGCAAAAUGGAAUUAAUGGUUAUAUCGAUCCAGACAGCUACACCAAUUUAUAUGAACACGGGAGCGCUAGUAACAGUGUGCCCAUUAUGAGUGGCAUCGCCAGUAUGCCUGAUGUGGAACACAUAGCCACCGCGACGCACCCCACUGGAGUGGGCAAUGUAAAUUAUGAUUUCUUGAUGCAUAACUACAACGCUGCUUUGUGCAAUAAUAUAAACAGCGUGAACAGUGCACAUAAUCUGGCCAGCAUGGGUUAUUUGGGCGGUUUGGACAUUUCCGCGUUAAAUGCACAGCCAUAUGGCGCGAAUUUUAAUAGCGUCAAUUAUGGCGGUGCCAAUUUUGGGGAAGCCAAUUUCGGGAGUGCCCCUUUCGAGGGUUCCCACUUGGGGGAUGUCAAUUUUCAUUCUUUCCCCAAGGAAGACUUCGCCCUCGUCUUUGACAAGCAAAAAGAAGCGGACAUGAUAGGCGAUCAGGAGAGGAAAUGCGCCAAGCUUAAAAGUACCAACCACACGGAGGGCAUCCAUUCCCACAAACACCCCCCAGAACAUCUACAAGCAAUCCUAUGUCUACAAAAGCUGGAGGAAAUUCCGACCCCAUUCUUGAACCUCAGAGACAUAAAAUAUUCAGUCAGCGUUUACUUCAACACCUAUGAUGAUAUUCUGGAAAAAUAUCAAUCCCAAUUUUACAGUUGUAAGUUGAACGAAUCGAACACAUAUGCGGACUGUGAUUUGAAAAACGAAAUAAUAAAAUUACCAUUCAACAAUGAAGAAUUUAUUUACCUAAAAGUGAUAGAAACGUCUGUGUACAAGACGGAAGUAACUGGUCGAUUGCAACUAAAAGUGAAAUCUCUUUCGCAGGAAUAUCCAUUGAGAAUCCCUAUAAUAGGGGAUGAUGGAAAUUCUAAAGGAUUUUUAAUUAUGAACUUCUUUAUCACCUCGUCUUACUAUGAUGUAAAAAAUGACUUACUCAUAACUGACCAGUCAAGUUUGCCUAAGCGGCCCAAGUCUACAAGGAUCCGCAGAAAAAAUAAUGGUUUCCACUUCUUCGAAAAUUUUACCAAGUGGUGUUGCGAGAUAACGGAUCAUCACAUGAACUAG